UUGAUUUGAUUUGAUUUUGUUCUGUUCAACACAAAUCGAAGAAGACAGGAACCUGAAGAUUCUUUGGGUUCCACCAUUCCCUGCUCUCAUUCUCCUUUCUUCUUUCUCUGCAAACCAACACACAACACAACCAUUAUAAUAACAACCAUAACAAUACACAAUGGAUACUCUCUGUUUACAAACCAGUAUUCGUGGGAUAGUUCCUUCCAUUCCCAUAACUGCAACAACCGCACGUGCCAAUGAUUAUGUUUCACAGUCUCAGGUUAACGCGGUGGGACAUUCUUCUUUGUUUUCCAAAUUCUCCUUUAGAUUCCCUUUGAAGUCUUUAUGGCCACAUCAAUCAGCGGGGAAUGCCUCCGGCUACAACGGUCUCGCCGUUGAUAACGUUGUUUUGGCGGAAAAUGGAACAGCGGAAACAGAAGGAGAAGAAGAGGGUCAGAAUGGGAACUGGGUUUUCAAGAUUUUUCAUACAAGGUCUGUUUGGGGAGGGGAACACAAGAGCCAUGACCAUGAUGAAGAGGAUGAACAAGUUGUGGCUAAUGAAGAGGAAGAGUGUGAUGGUUGCAUGGUUGAUGAUGAUGAUGAUGAUGAUGAUCAUGAAGAAAAUGAAGAGGUUGUGUUUGACAGAGACUCGUUUUCGAGAAUGCUUCGAAGGGUGUCAUUGCGCGAAGCCAGAUUAUAUGCACGCAUAUCCCACUUGGGGAAUUUGGCAUACUCUAUUCCCAAAAUCAAACCAGGGAACCUCUUAAAAAACUGUGGUCUGCGUUUUGUAACUUCGUCCAUAGAGAAGAAGUUAGUCAUGGAAGCUGAAAAAAAUCAGACAUCUACCACAACACAGAAUGAAGAAACAAAUGAGAAGGAUGAGAGAGACACAAAAGAGAAAAGCAAUGGUGGAUGCAAGACAAGUGCAUCUGCUGCAUAUGAUAUUGUUGUUUCUGCUGCAUCAUAUCUCAAUGCUCAGACAAGGAACAUACUUCCAUUCAAAUCUUCUGAUGCUGUCGAAGGUGAAGGUUCACUUGAAACAAGCAAUGAAAGAUUUGACAAUGAUAAGACGUUAAACAAGGAUGUGGCGGCUUUACGGGCAACUACAAAUUCAGUUACAGCAGUAGUUGCUGCAAAUGAGGAAGUAAAACAGGCUUUUGCAGAUGAUUUGAACUCAACAAGAUCUUCACCUUGUGAAUGGUUCGUAUGUGAUGAUGACCAGACCUCUACAAGAUACUUUGUGAUCCAGGGCUCCGAGUCUUUUGCAUCAUGGCAAGCAAACCUACUAUUUGAGCCAGUUCAAUUUGAGGGGUUUGAUGUGCAUGUACAUAGAGGUAUAUACGAGGCUGCAAAAGGGACAUAUCAGCAAAUGUUACCAGAAGUUCGUGCUCACCUAAAAUCUCAUGGUUCCCGUGCAACUUUUCGUUUCACUGGUCAUUCUCUUGGGGGGAGUUUGGCAUUACUUGUGAAUCUUAUGUUGUUGAUAAGGAGUGAAGCACCGUUAUCAUCUCUGCUUCCCGUGAUAACAUUUGGCGCACCAUCCAUCAUGUGUGGAGGUGAUAGUUUACUUGACAAGCUAGGAUUGCCACGGAGCCAUGUUCAGGCAAUCACAUUGCACAGAGACAUAGUUCCACGAGCAUUUUCUUGCAAGUACCCUAACCAUAUCGCCGAACUACUAAAGGCUCUUAAUUUUAACUUCCGUAAUCAUCCUUGCCUUAAUAACCAGAAACUGUUAUAUGCACCAAUGGGUGAACUGCUGAUUCUACAGCCAGAUGAGAAUUUUUCGCCAAGUCAUCAUCUUCUGCCCUCAGGCAGUGGUCUAUAUCUUUUGAGUGGUCCUUUCUCAGAAUCUAAUGACACGACAAAAGAACAUAUUUACGCAGCUCAAAUGGUGUUCUUGAACACACCACACCCACUUGAGAUAUUAAGUGACCGAUCUGCCUAUGGUUCUGGAGGAACCAUUCAAAGAGAUCAUGACAUGAAUUCAUACUUAAAAUCUGUGAGAACCGUGAUUCGCCAAGAACUUAACCAGAUUCGCAAGGCAAGGAGAGAUCAAAGGCGAAAGGUGUGGUGGCCUCUGGUGGCGCCACGUGGAAAUGAUGCGGGCAUGGUUGUUGGGAGGUCCGUGAUGUCUGUUAACAUGAUUCAUCAAGAGCAGUCUCCAUUCUCUGGCAUCAUUCAGAUAAGUAGAGAGUCAUUGAAUAGGUUCAGUAGUCUUGUUGCGUCCCAACACAUGCAAUUGUUUAUAGUGUUCCUUUUUCCUGCACGGUUGUUACUCGUGGGAGCAUGCAACUUGAUUAGCUUAAGAUGAAAAGAUGAACAUUCUUAAUUUUUGUGAUGGGAGAGUUGUAUAGGAAGGGCACGUUGUUGGUGGGACAAUUAGAUCAUUCUUUAUUCGUUCAUUUCAAAAUUCAUUGUAUCUCUCCUCAAUAGUAAUUGUAUAGAAAAUAUUGACAAACACAAUUCUAUUUGGCUAA